AAAACCGCAUUUGUAUCGUGCAUUUGGGGCAGUACACACCGAAGUAAAAUAAAAUAAAUUCGUAGUGCGAAUAUAAACAUAUCCAGUGAAAAAAGAGUAUUAAAGUGAUGUAAAUUGAAAAUAAAAUAAAGUGUUUUAGUUUUUGUUUGAAAUAAUAUCGAAAAUGAUUGAUUAAAAUUUGUCUUCAACAAACCAUCCGCUCAGUUCACGACACGAACCGAGUCACGAAUCACGCGACUACUAACACACACACACAAACAUACCGCUGCGAAUAGUUUAAUAACAAACAGACUACUGCAUGCCAUUCACGUACAUCGUGCGUGGAUUGUAUAGAAUAGAAUAAAAUAAAAUAGUAACAAAAAACGAGUGAAUUUGUGAAUAAAUAUCGAAAGUUCGGUGAAUUUGUUUCGUUAAUGGAUAUAGCGAUACAGAAUAUGUACAGAGUCCGCUUCCAUUGAUGCAAAUAAAUAAAAACAAAAAUAAAUAAUGGCUAGCGCCACUGUAAUAAAUGCUGCAUCGGCAGCUCAAGUGGAUGCCGCCCAAAUGAACACAUUUCGCAGCUAUGUUACAAUGUUGGGCGAUCCAACAGCUAAAGAUGAGAUUAAAAUGAAAGCCGCACAGGAGUUGAGCGAAAAUUUUGAACUGAUUACACAGUGCAGCGGUUUUCAACUAUUUCUUGAGCAUUCAAUGAAAAUUUUUAUCAAAAUUUUACACGAAGGUGAUCCGCUAUUCAUCUCCGAAUACAAUCUACAGCAGGUUCGAAAAUUGAUCUUGGAAAUGAUUCAUCGUUUACCAACAUCUGAAAUUCUUCGUCCCUAUGUGACGAGCAUAUUGUCAUUAAUGCUGAAAUUACUGCAAAAUGAUAACGAAGAGAAUGUGUUGGUAUGCUUACGCAUUAUCAUCGAACUACACAAACAGUAUCGGCCACAAUUCAAUCCCGAAAUUCAUCUAUUUUUACAAUUGGUCAAACAAAUUUACUCCGAUCUACCGAAGCAUAUGCCAAAAAUAUUUGAGCCACGUCCGCCAAUCCGUGUCAAAGACUUAAAAGAUGUGAAUUUAGAACAAUUACUAAAUGAAACCUAUACAAUUACACCGAUUCAAGUGGAAAAGAAACCGGGCGAAACAAGCAACUCAAAUUAUAAUCUAAUACCAAAAGGUAUUCUAUCAUUGAAAGUUUUACAAGAGCUCCCAAUAAUUGUGGUGCUCAUGUAUCAAAUCUAUAAACAAUAUGUACAUCAAGAGGUUUCUGAAUUCGUGCCAUUGAUCAUGACAACAAUUUCGUUGCAACCAUCGCCGGUGGUGCGAAGUCAACCGCAAUUCAAUAAGGAGGUGUAUGUUGAUUUUAUGGGUGCUCAAAUUAAAACGUUAUCAUUUUUGGCAUACAUCAUUCGGCUGUUCCAGGAUGCAAUCCAAUUACAUGCGGCAGCCAUGGUAAAAGGCAUGAUCGGUUUAUUACAGACAUGCCCAAAAGAAGUGGCACAUUUGAGAAAAGAACUGUUGAUCGCUGCUCGACACAUUUUGGCCACCGAAUUGCGAAACAAAUUUGUCGGUUCAAUGGAUAAAUUGUUUGAUGAAGAUUUACUUUUGGGACGCGGUUGGACAACACACGAAUCAUUGCGACCGCUUGCCUAUUCAACGCUUGCCGAUCUCGUGCAUCAUGUGCGCCAGCAUUUGAAUAUUCAUGUAUUAGCAAAAGCGGUACAUUUAUUCUCGAAAAAUGUCCAUGACGAAUCGCUGCCAACAAGCAUUCAAACCAUGUCUUGUAAAUUAUUGUUGAAUUUAGUUGAUUGCAUUCGACAACGCAGCGAAGCCGAAUCAACAACCGCUCGCGAUUUGCUCAUCACCAUGCUACGUAUUUUCACAUUGAAAUUUAAUACCAUUGCAAAAAUUCAAUUGCCACAAAUUGUGAGCAAAUGGAAAACAAUGAAAACGGAAAAUCCAACUGCACCUGCAUCGACUGCUACCAAUGCAGCCACCAGUGGUGCAACCACAACCGCAACCACAGAAACACGUGACACAUUGUCAAUGGAUUUGACCGUUACCGAUCAAACGUCAAAAUUGAGCACCAUUGGCAUUCCACCGCCAGCCAAUUUAAAUGUAUCCGAAUAUAGAAGUCUGGUUAAAACACUGGUUUGUGGUGUAAAGACCAUUACAUGGGGUUUGGCCAGUUGUAAAUCAACAUUUAAUGAAGCCACCGUUCAAGGUGCACAGUCGAAAAUGUUUCAGCCCAAAGAAAUUUUGAUGUUCAUCGAUUUGGUGCAUUGGGCAUUAGAAGCGUUAGACAUUUAUACAAUCAAUGCACCCGGAAAUGGAGCAGCGUGUACACAAGUGGCCAAAACAAGUGGACAACAAUUGCCUGUACCACGGUCGAAAGAAGAAAAAGAAGUUUUGGAACAUUUUAGUGGAGUGUUUUUAAUGAUGCCAAAUCAAAAUUUCCAAGAAAUUUUCGCAUCAACAGCCGAAUAUAUGGUUGAAAGAAUCUACAAAAAUUCAGCAUUACAAGUGAUUGCCAAUUCAUUCUUGGCAAAUCCAUCGACAUCGCCUCUAUUUGCAACGGUUCUGGUGGAAUAUUUGCUUGAACGUAUGGAAGAAAUGGGAUCAAAUAUUGAACGAUCGAAUCUGUAUUUACGCUUAUUCAAAUUAGUUUUUGGUUCGGUUAGUUUGUUUCCUGCUGAAAAUGAGCAUAUGUUACGGCCGCAUCUCCAUAAUAUUGUGAUUCGUUCAAUGGAAUUGGCAAUGACAGCCAAAGAACCGUACAAUUAUUUCUUAUUACUUCGUGCAUUGUUCCGUUCAAUUGGUGGUGGCAGUCAUGAUUUAUUGUAUCAAGAAUUUUUGCCACUUUUGCCAAAUUUACUUGAAGGAUUGAAUCGUUUACAAAGUGGUUUCCAUAAACAGCAUAUGAAAGAUCUAUUUGUUGAGCUCUGUUUAACAGUUCCCGUACGUCUUUCAUCACUCUUGCCGUAUUUGCCAAUGUUGAUGGAUCCAUUGGUGUCCGCAUUGAAUGGUUCAUACACAUUGAUUAGUCAAGGAUUGCGUACGCUUGAGCUUUGUGUUGAUAAUUUGCAACCCGAUUUCCUAUACGAUCACAUUCAUCCAGUGCGAGCCGAUCUAAUGCAAGCCUUAUGGCAUACAUUACGUAAUCAAGACAGUGCUGCUCAGGUUGCUUUCCGUGUUUUGGGUAAAUUUGGCGGUGGAAAUCGUAAAAUGAUGGUGGAACCACAGCGUUUAGCAUACAAUGAAAAGAAUGCACAGACAACAGCGAUCAUUGCUCAUUUCAUCGAACAUCAAAAACCAAUUGAAUUCCCCGUUGAUAAGGUCAUCGAAACGGCAUUCAAUGCAUUGAAAAAUAGUUCAACCGAUCCAUUCUAUUGGCGUCAAAGUUGGGAAGUGAUUCGAUGCUAUUUGGCAGCGUCAUUAUGUUUGGACGACGAUAAACAUACGCUACAGAAAUUAUUUAUGCAUAAUUCAUUUAUGGAUGGUAGCAUUGGCACAUCACCGGGACCACAUUACAAAUCACCCGAUGCGCAAGCCCGUCAAACACAACAGACCGCAUUGACCGGUAUGUUUGUUGCGGCCGCUACUAAAGAAUUGCGUCAAUAUGUCUUACCAACAAUGGUCGCUGUUGUUCGUCACUAUACAAUGGUUGCAAUCGCACAACAGGCCGGUCCAUUCCCAUACAAGCAUGCAUAUCAAGUGAGCAACGGUUUGGAUCCAUUGAUUCUGAUUGACGCAUUGGCCGUUAUAAUGGGACAUGAAGAAAAGGAACUGUGCAAACCCGGCCAUUUGGCAAUGGUUCUAAUAUUGGAAACAGCAACAAAUAUUAUGGGCAAUAAAGAACGUGCCUGUCGUUUGCCAAUGAUGCAAUAUUUGGCAGAACGCAUGUCAUCAUUGUGCUAUGAACGUCCAUGGUAUGCAAAAAUGGGCGGAUGUACAGCAUUGAAAUUUCUUUAUCAACACAUGGCAAUGAGAUGGUUGUAUCAACAUCUUUUCGUAUUUCUCAAGGCAUUCAUGUUUGUGAUUAUGGAUUUGGCCGGUGAAGUUUCGAGCGGUGCAAUCGAUAUGGCGAAAAGUUAUUUGGAGCAAAUGCUUACAAUUACAAUGGUACCAUUGGGCAAGGAAUGCAAAAAUGAAGAAUUGGUUACAACACAAAACAAGGCCAUUUACGAAGUUGUUCAAGAGCUUGUACGCCAAGUAACGAGCCCCAAUUCAAUGGUACGUGAACAAGCGAUGUCUUCAUUGAGAUUGAUCGCAAAUGCACAAAAUAAAACAAUUACCGAAGUUAUGAUGCCACAUCGUGAAGUUCUUGCCGAUAUUAUACCACCGAGAAAGCAUUCAUUGCGACACCAACCAUGCAGCGCUCAAAUUGGAUUAAUGGAUGGCAAUACAUUUUGUACGACACUCGAACCGAAGUUAUUCACACCCGAUAUAAUUUGUGAUUAUGAUAAACUAUGCUUUCCCGAUCUGAUCACAAUUUGCAAUGCAGAGGAUGGCGUUCUCACCAAAUUGGAUUGCUUCAAAAAUGUCACCAAUUUGAUUCCGUUGCGAAAGAGUGCAUUGAAAACUCUGACUGCUUGUCAUUAUUUGGCUGAUGCAGCGAACCGAGACAAGAUCUUACAACUGCUUCUCAAAUCAUUGGAGAAAAACAAUACCGAACUACAAGAAACCGCCUUUGAAUGUUUGCAAAAAUUCUUAUCGGUUUACACCAUUGACAAAGAAAUCAUUCACAGCGCAAUGAGACCAUUGCUUUUAACACUCGGCGAUUAUCGUAAUUUAACGUUGAAUGGAACAAAACGUCUUUCGUAUUUGACACGAUUGUUCCCGUCGAUGUUCAAUGAAAAAUUGUGCGAACAAUUAUUGCAGCACAUUUGCAAAAUGCUCGAGAAUUCAAUAACAGCCAAUAAAGGAAAGAAUUUCUUGGCAAUUGCCAAAACCGGCGAAAAUGAACAAAAAGUUGCCACAAUUUUGGGAAUAUUCCACCAAAUACCAGCUGCCACAAAUAAAUUCAUUGAAACAUUGUGCCGAUUGAUUCUGCAAACGGAGAAAAAUCUAAUGAUCGAACCGUCUUGCCCAUUCCGUGAACCGUUAGUUAAAUUUCUACUCCGAUAUCCCGGCGACACCAUCGAUUUACUGAUGAACGACAAUAACAUUAAGGAUCAACAGAACAAUCGAUUUGUUAUUUAUCUGUUGAAACAUGAAAGCGGACAGGAAUUCAGAAAUGUUAUGCAAACCAGAUCAAAUCGAUUGAUUCAAUUGAUUUUAUGCAAUCCAUAUGAUGGAAUCGCAACUAUUCAAAGUCAAGUUAUUCUUGCAUCACAUGAAGAUCGCUACGAAGCACAACAUCAAGCGGUCGUUGUGAUUACAACACUUAUCGAGUUUGAUGAAAAUUGGAUCGCCGAUCAAACGGAGCUAGUAAAUGCAUUGAAAAAUAUUUGGCAAACUGAUUUGUAUAAGAGUUGCGAAACAAAUGUAGCUUGCGAUCUGUGGCAUUUGAUUUCAAAAAUUUUCCUAAAAUACUUUACACAUCACACCGAAGACAUCGAUUUAUUGUUCAUGCUAUUGAAAGCGUUGUGCUUGCGCUUCAUUCCCGAUUUCCAGUUUCUACGUGAUUUCCUCUCAAAUACCGUUGCACAGAACUAUACCGUUGAUUGGAAGCGUAAAGUGUUCUUCCAUUUUGUUGAAAAUUUCCAUAAUCCAGCAUUGUCACAAGAGCUAAAAGCGAAAAUUUUGACCACAAUUUUGAUUCCAUGCUUUGCCAUGAGCUUUGAAAAGGGUGAAGGUGUCAAAUUGAUCGGUGCACCACCGUCACCAUAUCAAGAAGAUGAAAACAAUGUUGUGUCUGUAUUCAUCAGUCGUGUAAUCGAUCCGGAUAAGCCAUUCGAGCAUGAUGAUGCUGUGCGCAUAGCUUUGCUACAAUUUGCAUGCCUCUUGGUUGAACGAGCAUCGCCACACAUCCACGAUGGUGAUUCGAAUAAUAAACGCCAAGGCAAUAAACUACGUCGAUUGAUGACAUUUGCUUGGCCCUGUUUGCUGGGUAAAAAUUGUGUCGAUCCAUCGGCACGUUAUCAUGGUCAUUUGUUGCUAAGUCAUAUAAUUGCACGGCUCGCAAUUCACAAGCGAAUUGUAUUGCAAGUAUUCCAUUCGUUGCUAAAAGGGCAUGCAAUCGAAGCUCGAUCGGUUGUUCGUCAAUCGCUUGAAGUGCUAACACCGGCAAUGCCAUUGCGUAUGGAAGAUGGGCACACAAUGUUAACGCAUUGGACGAAGAAAAUCAUUGUCGAAGAAGGACAUUCGAUGCAACAACUAUUCCAUAUUUUACAAUUGGUGGUACGCCAUUCAAAAGUCUACUAUCCCGUUCGACACAAUCUUGUACAACAUAUGAUCACAUCCAUUACACGUUUGGGCUUUUCAGCAACCGCAACGCUUGAAUAUCGUAAAUUGGCCGUUGAAUUGGCCGAAGUAAUUGUUAAAUGGGAAUUGCAACGAAUCAAAGAAGAGAAUGAAGCCAAUGGCAUUGUUAUAUCCGACGAAUUGAAUGAAGCACUAAAUUCAGGUACGGCUGUUAAACGUUCUAGUCCCGAUGAUGGUGAACAACAGCGUAAAAAAUUGGCAGUUGAUAGUGGAUCCACACCGACCGCAGCCGGUACAAGUCAACUACCACCAGCCGCAAAAGUUGAAUCGCUUGAGCCAAUUGAGAAGCAUCACUGUGACACAGUCAUCAAUUUCCUAUUCCGAUUAUCGUGUCAGGUGAACGAUGCAUCACCAACACCCGGCGCCAUGACACCAGGUGAAAAUCUAUCGCGUCGUUGUGUUGCCCUAUUGAAAAUGGCAUUAAAACCAGAAGUUUGGACUCAACCGAUUGAUUUGAAAUUGCAUUGGUUGGAUAAGGUGUUCAGCAGCGUUGAAAGUUCACAGCCAAACUUUGGAAACAUUUGUACUGGCCUUGAACUUCUUACAUUUUUACUCGGUGUUUUAAAGAAAGAACAAAUUUUGGCCAUUUUCCGUCCAUUGCAAAAAGGACUUUCGGCAUGCGUUACAUGCUCGAACACUAGAGUUACACGUCUUAUGCACGGAUUAUUAUCACGUUUGAUGGGCCUUUUCCCCACCGAUGCGUUCCACAAACACGAAGAACUGGAAGUUUUAUAUGCAACCAUCAGUAAAAUGAUCUUUGAAGGUUUGGCCACAUUUGAGAAGAGUCCACAGGCAAAUCCGUCAUCAUUGUUUGGAACGUUAAUGAUUUUGAAGGCCGCUUGUAUGAAUAAUCCAAGCUAUAUUGAUCGUUUAAUGAUGCCCUUCAUGCGUCUAUUGAAUCGAUUGACUAAGGAACAUUUGAAUGGAUCACCACAUCAUCAGACCGCUCAACAGUGUCAAGCCGAUGGCACAAAUAGUAAUACACUUGCACUUGAAUUGCUAAUUCUAUCCUUGGAUUUGGUGAAAAAUCGUGUUGUUGUUAUGGGCGUUGAAAUUCGUAAACUUUUCAUUGGCGGCAUUCUAGUUGGUCUCAUCGAAAAAUCGUCCGAAGUAAAAGUAAUGAAAGCCAUUGUUAAAAUCAUUGAAGAUUGGAUGAAAAAUAAAUCGAGCAGUGUAACCGUAACACAAGCACCAACAUUACGUGAAAAAUCAAUUUUGCUGGUAAAAUUAAUGCAUUACGUUGAAAAACGAUUCUCCGACGAUCAAGAAUUGAAUGCACAAUUUUUGGAAUUAAUAAAUUACAUUUACCGUGACGAUCAAUUGAAGCAAUCGGAAUUGGUUUCGAAAUUGGAAUCAGCAUUUUUGAGUGGAUUGCGAUGCAAUCAACCUGCAAUUCGUGCCAAAUUCUUGGAAAUUUUCGAUGGUUCGAUGCGUCGACGACUUCACGAUCGUCUACUUUAUAUUGUUUGUUCACAAGCAUGGGACGCAAUUGGUCAACAUUAUUGGAUAAAACAAUGCAUUGAAUUAUUGAUUUUAACAGCAAAUACAUCAACACAAAUUCGAAAUGCAAAUGACACCCAUCUAUUGCCAAGCAUUUCAUCGGUCAUUAAUCUCACCGAUUCGGAAGAGAAAAAAGACUUUGUCAUCUAUACACAAGUGCACAACGAUCAACCGGAUGUAUUCGAUAAUAUUGAAGAUAAAGAGGACAAUUUCGAUAUGGACAUGAAUGUUGAUUUGAAUAUAUCACGGCGCGAAGAAAGUGAACGUCCAGUUGCCAAUCGAAAUGCAGCACUAGUUAAAUUAAUAAGUCGUCAAGCUGAAUUUCUGGAAGCAAAUCGAAAAGUUCGUACCGAACAAUUUUUGGUGGCAUGCGCACAAUUGUGUCACAUGGAUACACCGUUAGCCGAAGGUGUUUGGUUGUCCAUAUUCCCUCGUAUGUGGUCCAUUUUGGAUGAAGGUCAACAACAAUCAUUGGUUCGUGAAAUGGUACCAUUUUUAUCGUCCGGAACUCAUGUCACCCAAAAAGAUUGCCAUCCAACGGCUAUUAAUACUUUUGUCGAAGCAUUAUCACGGUGCCAGCCUCAAGUUCAUUUACCUCCGAAUCUAAUGACAUAUCUUGGUAAAGCGCACAAUCUAUGGCAUCGAAUGACAUUAUCAUUGGAAGAUAUGUGCAACGAAUGGCCAAAUAAACAAGAACAAUUGGGCGAAUACGCUGAUCCCGAUAUCACCGACUACAGUUCCACCGAAAUGAGUAAGGCAGCCAUUUUCGAUCCAUUGUCGCAUAUGUAUUCGUCGUUGCAUGAAGAAGAUCUAUGGGCUGGACUAUGGCAAAAAUAUGCAAAAUAUCCGGAAACAAAUCAAGCAAUUGCCUACGAACAAAUGGGCUUCUUUGAAGAAGCACAAGGUGCAUACGAUUUGGUCAUGACAAAAUACAAACAAGAAGCGGCCAGCGGACCAACACCAAUCGAUAUGAAUAGUGAACUUCAAUUAUGGGAAACGCAUUGGUUACGAUGUGCAAAAGAACUAAAUCAAUGGGACAUUAUAUUGGACUAUGCUAAAAUGCACAAAGAUAAAAAAUCAUUUUUGAUCAUGGAAAGUGCAUGGCGUGUACCUGAUUGGGACAUUAUGAAACAAGCACUGAACCGUGUCGAACACGCCAGCCCAAAAAAGGAUGGAUACAAAGUGAAUUUGUAUCGUGGCUUCUUGGCAAUUCUCUAUCCAGAUGAACAACAAUUGCAAACCGUUGAACGAUACGUUGAAAUCGCAUCGGUAUUUUGUAUGCGUGAAUGGCGUCGAUUACCACACAUUGUAUCUCAUAUUCACUUACCAUUGCUGCAGGCCGCUCAACAAAUUAUGGAACUCCAAGAAGCAUGCCAAAUACACACUGGUUUACAACAAAGUCGCAUAUCAUCGUUGCACGACAUGAAAGCCAUUGUUAAAACGUGGCGCAAUCGAUUACCGGUCGUUGCUGAUGAUUUGUCACAUUGGAGCGAUAUAUUUACGUGGCGUCAACAUCACUAUCAAAUUAUUACAACACAUUUAGAAAAACAACCGGACGUUGUAACAAACAGUAAUCAAAGUAUGUUGGGCGUUCAUGCAUCGGCACAGGCAAUUAUUCACUUCGGUAAAAUGGCACGCAAACAUGGUUUAACCGGUGUGUGUCAAGACACAUUAUCACGCAUUUAUACAAUACCAUCGGUGCCAAUUGUUGACUGUUUCCAAAAGAUUCGACAACAGGUUAAAUGCUAUUUACAAAUAGCCGCUAUGAAUGGUCGUGGCGAAUUGGCUGAGGCCCUUGAGGUCAUUGAAUCAACGAAUCUGACAUAUUUCUCACGUGAAAUGAGCGCCGAAUUUUCAGCACUGAAGGGUUUACUACUGGCACAAAGUGGCAAUUCGGAAGAAGCAAACAAAGCAUUCAGUGCCGCCACUGUUAUGCAUGACACAUUGAUCAAAGCAUGGGCAUUAUGGGGUGAUUAUUUGGAGCAAAUAUUCACCAAAGAAUCACGAAAAAUGCAUCUUGGUGUUAGUGCGAUGAUUUGCUUUUUACAUGCGUGUCGACAUCAAAACGAAAGCAAAUCUAGAAAAUAUUUGGCGAAAGUGCUUUGGCUAUUGUCUUAUGACGAUGAACAAUCUUCUCUUAUGGAAGCGCUUGAUAAAUAUGCUGUUGGUGUUCCACCUUUACAUUGGCUACCGUGGAUUCAGCAAUUGCUUUGCAGUUUGGUUCAGUACGAAGGGACGGCCAUUUUGAAUUUAUUGAGUCAGGUUGGUCGAAUGUUCCCGCAAGCCGUUUACUUCCCAAUUCGAACCUUGUAUUUAACAUUGAAAAUUGAGCAACUUGAAAAGGCAAGAACAACGAAAAAAGCCACCGAAAAACAAAAUGGUGGUCAACCACAGAGUUCAAAUCCGCGUCCGAUACGUGCGACACCGCCAAUGUGGCGUUGCUCAAAAGUGAUGCAUGUUCAACGUGAAAUUCAUCCAACCAUUCUCAGUGCAUUGGAAGGUAUUGUGGAUCAGAUGAUAUGGUUGCGUGAGAAUUGGUAUGAAGAAGUGUUGCGACAAUUGCGACAGGGUCUGAUCAAAUGCUAUGCCAUUGCAUUUGAAAACCGUGGAACCGUGAACGAGGCUAAGAUAACACCGCACACACUCAAUUUUGUUAAAAAACUGAUUGCCACAUUUGGCAUUGGCAUUGAAAACAUAUCGAAUUCAGCUGCGUCAACCGAUGCCAAAGAUCCGCUUGCAAAACGUGCACAGGCGACUGUACAAGAUCCCGUAUUCCAAAAAAUGCGCGGACAAUUUUCAAUGGAUUUCGAUUUUGAUUCACAGCCACAAUCGAUGAAACUGCAUAAUUUAAUUUCAAAACUCAAGAAAUGGAUAAAAGUGUUGGAAUCGAAAAAUAAACAAUUGCCAAAAUCAUUUUUGAUUGAAGAAAAAUGUCGAUACUUAUCGAAUUUCAGUCAGAAAACUGCUGAGGUUGAACUACCUGGUGAACUACUACUACCGCGUCAUUCGCACUAUCACAUUCGAAUUGCACGGUUUAUGCCACGCGUUGAAGUCGUUCAGAAACACAACACGGCCGCUCGUCGUCUAUUUAUUCGUGGAACGAAUGGCAAAGUCUAUCCAUAUUUGGUGAUCAAUGACUCCGGUUUGGGUGAUGCCAGACGAGAAGAACGUGUUUUACAAUUGCUUCGAAUGUUAAAUCAUUAUUUGGCCAAACAAAAAGAAACAUCACGUCGAUUCUUACACAUCACUGUGCCGCGAGUGGUUGCCGUCUCACCACAAAUGCGUUUGGUUGAAGAUAAUCCAAGCAGCUUAUCACUUUUGGACAUCUUUAAAAAUGGUUGCUCUAAAUUAGGUAUUGAACAUGAUGUACCAUUGGCACGAUACUAUGAACGUUUGGCCGAUGUACAAGCACGAGGCUCACAAACAACACACACCGUUUUACGUGAUAUUUUACGUGAAGUACAAACAUCCAUGGUGCCGAAGACAAUUUUGAAAGAUUGGGCUGUUAAAAAUUAUACCUCUGCAACAGACUAUUGGCAAUUCCGUAAAAUGUUUACACUACAACUAUCAUUGGCAUGCUUAUGUGAAUAUGCAUUACACUUGACCGCGACGAAUGCCGAUAUGAUGUACAUUCAUCAAGACUCAGGUCUCAUAAAUAUUUCGUACUUUAAAUUUGAUAUCGAUGAAGCGACCGAUGAAUUAGGUGCUAACCGUGCGGUUCCAUUCCGAUUGACACCAAAUAUCGUGGAAUUUUUGUCGAGCAUUGGCAUCACGGGACCAUUGACCGCAUCGGCCAUUGUAACUGCACGUUGCUUAGUUCAACCAAACUUUAAGCUUCCGACAAUUCUACGAGCAAUUUUGCGUGAUGAAAUCAUAGCGCUGCAGAAAAAGCGUCUGAAGGAUGAAAAAAUGCAAAUGGAAGCAAGUGGUGAGAUAAAUCCAGAGAGUCCAUCGAAUGACGAAAUCAAAGUCGAUAUGGAGAAGAUAAUUGUGUUUGUCAAUAAAGCAGUCAACUCGAUUAUGGGCCGACUCAACAGUAUUUCGUAUUUCGAUAAUGUCGAAAAUAAUAAAAUGAGCACACUUGUACAGGCCGCACACAAUCCAGACAAUCUUUGUCGCAUGGAUCCUGCUUGGCAUCCUUGGGUCUAAAUUAGCUUCGCCAAUUAGUAUUGGUAUAUCACAUGAAACAUCAUUUUAGUCUUUUUUAAAUUAAACAAAAAAAUUAUUAAAUUUCAAUGUACUCAAGACUAAAAAGGGAAGAAGAAAAAAACAUAUAAAGAAGUGAUUUAAAUUACUUAUUCCAAUCUUUUAAAAUUGAUGUGAGCAAAGUAGAUCUUAACAUAUAUUUUUUUGAUU